GUGACGUUGAACUUCGUGUGCGUCCCGGGACAGGUCUCUGACAGACACUUCAUUGAUCCCAUGUUUUGUCCAAGUGCGCCGGCCGGUUUGCGCCUCCAGCUCUACUUCACGCAUCUUCAAAGGGCCACUCAUACACGCGCAGUGAUGAGCGCGCGCACAGGGGGGCAGGGCCUGGACGCGCUCAAGACGCGGAGCUUAUCCUGAACUUGGGCAGUGCUCACCAUGCAGCGCGUCUGAGGGCCCAUCCCGCACUUUACAACACCGCGUCUGGAGCGAGGGAAGGAUGGAGCACAACUGAAUACAAUGAGGAUAUUAUUUAUUUACUACUCGAUUUUCUUCACAAACAGAAAGAGCAGACUCCAAGGGCUUUUCUGAAAGGAGACAGGGUUCAGUGGUGCGGCUGUCUAGCAGGUUUCAUUGGAACAUCACCAACACCAUGUGGUAAAGUGCACAGGACUCAGAGCACCGACUGAACUACACCUUACAAAGACUUGACUGCACCAGCUCCCUCAUGGCUCACCACUAUGAGCCCUGGUUACGGACAGCGCCCUCCGGUGGCAGCUCAGAGGACAUGAACAUGGCCCCCUGGUGGGACCCGCACCGGGAUGUCCCUGCGGGGGGCUGGCUGGACCUGCAGACAGGACAGGGGCUGCCCCCGGUCAGUGCGGGAGGGUCCAUGGGAUUACAGUCUGGACUGCAGCCCUCUUUAGGGCUGUACGGAUCUGACCCUCAGCUGUGCAGUCUGCCUGCUGCUCAGCACGUGCCCCCGUCUCAUACGUCCCACCUCUUUCCUCAUGACGGCUUCAAAAUGGAGCCCAUCGCCCCUGAAAUGCUCCCACAGGAGCCUUACCCACUGGAGGAGCCACAGGAGAGGGCCAUCUCAGUCCGUCCCAAACUCCAGAGGCGCUCCUCGUCGCGGGGCGGAGGGCAGGCCGCGUGCCGCUGUCCUAACUGUGUGCACGCAGAGCAGCUGGGGCAGAGCGCAGAUGAACGCAGGAAGCACAUGCACAACUGUCACAUCCCGGGCUGUGGAAAGGCCUAUGCCAAGACCUCUCACCUCAAGGCUCACCUCAGGUGGCACAGUGGAGAUCGACCAUUCGUCUGCAACUGGCUCUUCUGUGGAAAGAGAUUCACACGCUCAGAGGAACUGCAGCGCCACCUACAGACACACACAGGAGCAAAGAAGUUAUCCUGCCCUUUAUGUAAUCGAGUUUUUAUGAGAAAUGAUCACCUGGCCAAACACAUGCGUACACAUACAUCUGCAGGAGAGGGGGAGGACCGGGUGAAUGGAGAGAAGGGCUUUGAUGCAGCUACACCUCCUCAGCCUGCUCCAAAUGUGUCUGCAUCAGACGUGCCAGAGCCCACACUGAAGCUGAAGACUGAGCCAGACUCUGCAGUGACAGGGCAGUCUGGGUAAUAUCUGUAAACAGGCAUUUAAGGGCUAAAAGAUUACCAUGUGAGACAAAGAGGGAGGCAGAUCCCAUCCACUACAGCUAAGAUUAGGAAAGUAUGAAUAAAUAAGUCACUAGAAGAAAAAGUGAUUUCCUGUAACAAAUGUGAGUUUAGAGCACAUUGAGACAUUUUCUUUGUGUUUGCUAUAAUAGUAAAUAGUAAAGCAAGCAAGAAAUUGCAGCUUGUUGCUGGACAUUGCUGCUAUAGCUGCUAUUAUCUAUGAUAAAAAGACUGAGGACACAGAAAAAUGGCUUAUGACUUGUUUACAAUGAAAUGCCUUGACUUAACGGAGAAACGCUAUAUAGAUUUAAUAUUAAGAAAACAAUUAAAGUAGAGUUAUUAUAGAUCAGAGAAUAAAACUGCUGUGCAAAGCUACUGUGCCAGAUUUGGUAAAACACUGGAAAAUUUUGCAACAUCUCUUAAUUUGAGAUGAGAAGAUACUGGUGUUUAAUACUACAACUCGAGACUUUAGGCACGCUGCUGUGAUGGUAAAAAUUAUAGAAAAAUUAAAUAUGCGAAACAAUGUUGUUUUAUAAGCCAUACAGGAAAUACCAUCAAUCAUAGAUUUGAGGAGAAAUGUCUGCUGGGUGAAAUCAGCCGUGAAGUCUGUUGUGACUUGUCGAUGACAGGGACUUGUUACAAACACCGCCCCGAUCCACACUGUCAACACUUAAAGCUGCUGCUGAAACCAAAGACCUGAACUGCUUUUGUGUCCACUCACCUGCAGUGAUGAGAUUUAAAACUACGUCCAUUAAAGUAUGAGCCUAGAACAAGGCAAUAUGAGACAAAAAACAUUUCCCAGUUGCUUCAAAGCAAAAUUCUCCAUAGUUGUGGCUACCAGCCAUUGUUCAGUGAACGUGGUUUACUGUCACCACAUCAUCCAAAAACACACCAAAACUUCUUUGUUGUUUGCCUCUAAAAUGGAUUUAUUUGUGACCACUUUAAAAACUAACACAAGUGAUAAAGUUGAUUUUACUUUUGUCAACAAAUACUGGGUGGAAAUCCUAUCACUCAACAGGUUUGAUAAAAACUCAAUGUACACCUGGGACUCGCAGAAACUUGAAAACUAUUUGUGAAGUAGCCUUUAAUAAUAACAAUCAAUACUUUCAAUAAAACUAUAGACAUGCGACUUUAGUGUCAGGCUUCAUACAUCUUUAGUUUAAUUAGAUGCAUUAAAACAUAUUCAUAGUAAUGUAGAAAGCAAUAGAAGAUAUUCACUGAUAUAGGCAUUAUAACCAGCACACAACUACAGCUUACAAUGUUGAAGUUACAAUUUUGUGGGAAUUCAUGAGAUAAAAAGAUUACUUAUACUGUAGAAUAAUAUUAUUUUAUUGUUUUUUUUUAGUGUUAUUACCAAUAGAUGUUUUAAAUGUUGUUCAGUAGAGCCAGAUGAACAAUGUGCUAUUUUCUGUAGUCAUUAUUUUUGAAUAAAUAUUAAGUUAAACACCA